UCUGCCUUCAAGCGCUUUAGAACAGAAUUAUAAAUAACACUACUUUGGCCGUUAUUAGUAUUAUUUGUUUACACAAAAUUAAUAUUUGCCAAAAAGUGUGAAGAACGAAAUACGGUCCAAAUAAUAUAGACGAGAACAAAAGCCCACGCAGCCAAUUGUACAUCCCCGGUUGCCCACCAAAUAUUAUCCAGCAUGUCGUCCUGCAAGAUAUUACCCCGUCGCCAGGCAAUACCCGUACUCUAUACGAGGGGCACCCACUACGAGGUCGGCUUCGAUAUGGGUCGCACAUUCGGCUCUAUGAUCAAGAACUUUCUGAUCUUAUCUCAACCGCUGAACGAAACGUAUUUGCCGCUAUACGCCACCACAAAAGGCAGGCAAAUCUAUAAUGAGACAUUGGAAUCGGUGAAAUGUAGCUUUCCGCAAUAUAUACGAGAAUUGGAGGGCGUGGCCGAUGGUGCUGAGGUGGAGUUCCAUAAGUUGUUUCUGCUGCACUUGGAUGAGAUUUUGCCACAAUCUCUAAAGCAUCAGCCACGUAGUAAGAACCAACCCACCGGAUGCUCCUCGAUCAUUGUUAACCAGAAGCAUUGUCGUCUACUUGGCCACACGGAGGAUGCGUUGACAGAAACGCUUAAUCAUUAUUACUUUGUGGUGGCUCACAUCAUUAGCGACAAGCCGCAGGGUAAAUACAAUGUGAAGGAGGAGCAUUUCAUGUCUCUUUGCUAUGCUGGACACUUGCCUGGCUAUACAAUGAGCCACAAUCAUCAUGGACUCGUGUUUAGCAUCAAUACAAUUAGCGCCGAAUUGUUGCGCAGUGGCAAGACACCACGUCACUUCCUCACUCGCGCCUUGCUUGCCACGAGCAAUGUGGAUGAUGCCUUCAGGGUGCUCAAGGAUGCCGGAGUCGGUGCCGCGGAUGCAUGUUCCAUUAACUUUAGCUUUUUGGGCGAUCCCCGGCAAAUGUUCUACAACGUAGAAAUGGCUCCCAAUCCAGAGAGGAAAAAUGAAUCGCAUUUGAGUAUUAAGGAGGUACCAAUGGGUGCUUGCAAUUUCCAUGUUAAUCAAUUUGAUCGCAUCCCCUUGGAUCAGGCCAAUGAACCUAUGAUUGAGUCAAGCAUAUCACGAAUGCGUGCAUUUUCCACCUACAAGCCGCCGGCCAGUGAGCAGGAUGUCCGCACCAUGCUGGGCGAUGUCACCGGUGGAUGUUAUUGUGUCUGGCGUGACAAUGGCAAUCCUGAUGAGCCGGUCAAGACAAUUGCUGUUGGCAUUUUCGAUUUGAAUGCUAAAACCUUUUCACUCUAUUCCGAUAAUCCGUGUCUAACUGAGCCUCAUUGCACGUUGCCCCUAAUAUACAAAUAG